GUUAAAAUUUCGAGCCGCACCUUUUCGGCAAACGCCUCUCUAAAUUUGAUAUUCAAAAAGCCAGGCACCAUGAUCACCUCGAAGCUGCGCCUGCGCCGAGCACAGAUUCCAAGGUUUCCCAUCACGAGUCGCUGGUACAACUGGGGCAACUAUGACGCCAGCUCUGGGGAAUGCUGCAAGAUGCGCGACAAGGAUGUCACGGCCUGCAAGGGUGGAAAAUGGUUCUGUCCGGUCAAGUACGAGCCCAACAAGUGUUACGAAAAACCAUAUUUUAUGGUAAACGAGUAUCCCCAGUAUCUGCAGGAGAUCUAUAAUCGGGGCAAGACUGAUCCCGACUGCUUGCUAAAGCUGAUCCGCCACGACACUGACCUUUACAAGCCGUCCGAUAAGCGCCGCAAGUUCCAGCGCACGUGGUCUGAGUGUCCGCUUCUCUGGCUACGUCCAAAGGACUCCUGCUGUCCUGAUCCGGAGAUAUCCCUGCCCAUGAAUCGCCGCAUCCGCCCCCCGCAGGAACCACCACUUUCGGCCAUUGAUAAGCACCUCUUCCAGAUGAGUAUCUUUUGCAAGUCUGUCAAGGCUCCCUGUUGUAAAGUGAGUCGACGACCGCCCAACUGCAGCAAACCCCGGAGACCAUCCGACUGCUGCAAAAAGUGUACGCCAAUUCCCAGUUUUUCGGAGGCCUGCCGCCAUCUGAUACCACGAUUCUGUGGCUCCGAGUGUGCCUGCCGGGGCGGGAGCUUGUGUGAAAUGUGGAACACGUAUAAUAAGUGUAACAAAACGCGCAGGCACUGCACCAAACCGUUUAUAGGCUAUUCUCCCUUAAGAUCCAGAAUGAGAUUUCCGUUCUGAGAGAUCUCCAA